UGUGGUGUGGUCUGCCGGUCCGGUCCAGUGGGCUGUGUUCCUCCGGUCCAGUGAGGUGUGUUCCUCCUGUCCAGUGUGCUGUGUUCCGCCGGUCCAGUGUGCUGUUCCACGGCUCCCUAUGUGCACCUGAAGACCAUAUGUGCUCUAAAUCACAGUAUGGGGCCUGCCCUAGUUUUCCACGGGUCGGAUCUGAUUACCUUCCAUUCCCCAGGCGCUGUGUGACCCCCUUACGGGUUUAACGCAUCAAAACGUAAACAACACUACUAACAAUGCCGAGGUGCGUGCAGUGAAAUUCUACUGUGCCUUCAAGUUCCACAGUGUGGUCAAGUUCCAUGACUUAGUGAGGUUCACGUUCCACGGCGUGGAUAAUUUCCACAGCGCUGUGAAGUUCCCGAACGUACUGAAGUUCUAGAGCGUUGUGAAGUUUCAGAAUGUUGUCAAGUUCCAAAACGUUGUCAAGUUCCAGAGCAUUGUGAAGUUCCAGAGCGUUGUCAAGUUCCAGAACGUUGUCAAGUUCCAAAAAGUGAAGUUCCAGAGCAUUGUGAAGUUACAGAGCGUUGUCAAGUUCCAGAACGUUGUCAAGUUCCAGAGCGUUGUCAAGUUCCAGAACGUUGUCAAGUUCCAGAGCAUUGUGAAGUUCCAGAACGUUGUCAAGUUCCCCAGGAGGACCAGACCAACCCAAUCCCGUCGCUGCUCCUUCAGUAAAGACCCAUUCUUCAUCCUCUCUGCCAGCCUUGCCUCUCAUCAUCGUCCUACAUCAUGGGACGAUGGUUCCAACACACGCCUUGAGUUCGUCUUUGAGGUGGUGGACUGAUUCAGGAUCUCGACAUCUGUGGGUUAAAACGCAGCAGGAACACGUGGGCCAUGUCUCUGGAAGCUACUCCGAUCCUCAGACGCAGAGGCAAGGAUCUCCAGUCUUCCAGCAACGCUAUGGACAUUCAGGCCAUCCGUGGACGUCGUAACAAACUGGAGAACAUCUUACAGUCCCGCCGUCCCUUACCUCUCAGCCGGGGACUGACGUCCCUUUCACACCCUGCCCUCAGCGUGCCAGGGGACGCUCUGGGACCUGCAGCUGGAGCCUCCUGGCUCCACAGACGACGCCAUUCUAUUGACGUGCACAGAGUGUUCACUGAUCCCUACGCACUGCAGCCUAUCCCAGCAUUCACCUCUAUGUCCCCCUACUCAAAACCUCUGCCUGGAAUUAGCAAGAGAAGAGAGAUUACUGAUGACGAGCCUUCAUCUCCAAAGACUAGACAGACGCAAAGUAAUCCUGAGUCCAGAGACACAGAAUGUGAGGAGACCAACACUGAGGAUCUGCAUUACUCGCUGGAGACGCUGCAGGAGAUCGUAAACGGCAUCAACAACAGCAGCAGCCACGACCUCUGUUUGAGGAGCACUGUCAGAGCCCGCAAGCUGCUCUCCCUGGAGGAGGCCCCACCCAUUGAAGGCUUCCUGCAGGCGGGCAUCCUCAAGCCCCUCCUCCCGCUCCUCCAGCAGGAGGAAGAUACGAAACUGCUGUUCGAGGCUACGUGGGUAGUGACCAACCUGGCGGCUGGCACGUCCCAGCAGACAGCCACUGUUGUGGAGGAGGGGUUAGUACCCAUCCUGAUCCGUCUUCUGGGGAACGAGAUGAGCAACGUGAGGGAGCAGGCAGCCUGGGCACUGGGUAACAUCGCUGGGGACGGUCAGAAGUACAGGAACUUGCUCCUCAGGGAGGGUAUCCUUAUGCCCUUACUUGACACGCUCAGGGAUGUCCUCCGCAUUCCGGUGUCGCUGGUGCGUGUAUCGACCUGGGUACUAAGCAACCUGUUGAGGUACAAGGAAUACAAGAUGACCCCCGAGGAGCGGACAGUCUGCGUCACUAUCAUCAACAGUCUACUGACCUUCCCUGACAACGAGGUUAACAUUGACGCACUGUGGGCCGCUAGUUACAUCGCUGAUGCAGACGAACAGGGACUGCAGAGUGUGGUGUCAGCCCCAGGUAUGGUCAACGCUAUGGUGCAACACCUGGCCUCAGACGACAAGCUGAGGAUGGUCCCUGCACUCAGAGUCACAGGCAGCAUAGCAGCAAGCAACGACGAGCAUACGGAGACCGUGCUGGAGGCUGGAGUGGUACCCAUCUACGCUUACCUCCUGAAGACGGGGCAACACAACACCAAGAAGGAGGCAGCUUGGGCCCUCUCCAACAUCACCGCCGGCAACCAUAGUCAGAUACAGAGAGUGAUUGAUGACGGGGUCCUUCAGGUCCUCCUUCAUGCUCUCUUGGAGACAUCGGAUGUGCGACGAGAAGCAACCUGGGCUCUGUGCAAUCUGACGACGGGAGGCCUCGCUGAGCAGGUCAAGGCUCUGGUUGAUGCUGGUGGAGUGCCUUUCCUGCUGAUGGUGAUGGCUGGGGGAGAGGUCAGCACCAUCUCCGUGGCACUCAACACGCUUGAUAAUAUACUCAAGACGGAGGUGGUGAAAGAGGAGGCAAAGGAGCAGGUGAUCUCAGGGAAGGGCGUGGAGCUUCUGAAGGAGCUGGAGCAGUGUGCCAGCAAGGAUCUCCACCUGAAAGCAGAGUACAUACUGGAGGCAUACUUCCAGCAGGAGGAACCCUCUGACAAAGAGGAUGACAAGGACGACGUCCCAGAGGAGGAGCCCAGUGCCAGCUAGGAGGACGGGGAAAAGGAACUGGGAAAAAAAUCUAUGACAGAGAGGACUGAGAGUAGCACUGAAAGAUGAUGAAAGGAAGAGGUUUGAAACAAGCUGAGUCAAGGGUAGGAAGAGGAGGAUGGGUGUGAGAGUAGAAACUUACAUCUUUCGUAAAAACUCUGGGGGGGGGGAAACAUCACUUUUUUUUUUUAAUGAGACACUGGCACGGAUGCAGGGAAGAAAUGUGAUUUGGAAAUGGGAUUUUAUGGAUUUUGCUCCCCAGUGGGCAGUGCCACUCAUGUUAUGAGUGGGUAUGCUAACAUCCAGACAUUAUUGGGUAACCCCCUCUCAUACUGUGAGUGGACACAACACCACAGUCAUACUGUGAGUGGACACAACACCACAGUCAUACUGUGAGUGCAUAUAACUCCAUCAACACACUGAAUUUCGACCCAGAAGUGGAAACCAGGAGUCUGGUGGAACGGUGUGCUGUAUCACAAGUGACAGGUGUGUGUGUGGAACACACUACAUGUGUGUGCUGCAUCAUAAGUGGCAGGUGCAGCGAGUGACAAGUGGCAGGUGCAGCGAGUGACAAGUGGCAGGUGCAGCGAGUGACAAGUGGCAGGUGCAGCGAGUGACAAGUGGCAGGUUCAGCGAGUGACAAGUGGCAGGUGCAGCGAGUGACAAGUGGCAGGUGUGCUAAAAUACAGGUAACUGCGAUACAAAAAAAAUGCAUUUUAGUGUAAAUAUUAGUUUUUGGCAUUUGUUAACAGAUAUUAAAUUGAUUUGUCACAAUAUACCUUAUGUAUCCCCUGGUAUCUUAUGUGUCCCGUGAUCUCUUAUAAGAGUUAGUAUAAUUACUUGAUAUUUCUUACUGAUAUUCCUUACUGAUAUACUGAUUUUUGCUCAUCCAAUACUCCCCUGAAGGUACACACACACACACAUACACACACACACACACACACACACACACACAUGUACACUACGGACCUUGACGUGAUAUACGACAUUUUUACUUCGCCAAUUCUCAGUGCCUUAACAAGUGAUAUUUCUUGAUUACCAUUGAUGAGUAUUUUAAGCCUUGUGACCAUACUAAAUAAAGUUUAAUCUUAAUGAUUGAUGAGUGUGAUUACCCUCGUUGAUGAGUCU